AUGGCAGACAAAAAGGCUUCCAACGCCAACGCCAACAAAACGGCGAUGUCUCGCGCCCUAGGCGCUGCUUUCUUGAGUCACCAAGUCGAACAGCUCGAGAAAACAGUGUCUUCGUCUUCUGCGAACUGGAGAGACAGGAAGAACCCUAUUUUGUAUAAUUCCAAUGGUCCCGGCGGUCCCAAGCGAGGGUCAAACUCUCCCGGAAUCAAAGUUGCCCAACGGAAGAUCCCUGCAAAGGAACGGAAAGACAACGAGUUCGAUCGAAGUGUCAAUGCUGCCCCGGGGAUCAUAAGGAGGUCAUACGAGGAGCAAAGAAAGGACAAGGAUGCCGAUGUUGUAGUUGUCGAUGCCAGUGUCCUUAUCCAUGCAUUGUAUCAGGUCAAGAAGUGGUGCAGAGAAGGUCGGGAAGAGGUUAUCAUUGUGCCUCUCGAAGCUCUCAAUACACUCGACCUUUUGAAGAAAGGUACAUCAUCUUUGGCCCAAAAGGCUCGCACAGCGUCUCGAAUUCUUGAAGCCCAAGUCGGGACCAACCCGCGGAUCCGUGUACAGAGAGACGAUGCAUUCGUUUUAUGGGACAAGAUAUCCUUCAACAGCGAGGGAACCGAGUCGUCUCCAACCAACUCCAACGUCAACUCCUGCCCGGAGUGGGUUCGCCGGAUCAUCUGCUGUGCUCGCUGGGAAACCGAGCACCCUGAAGAGGAACUGAAACCUGUACAUGCCGAGAAGCUAGCCCCGAUGAAAGUCGUACUCGCCGUAUUGUCGACCCUGCCGAAUAUGUCCCCCCAGUCCAUGGCCAUGAACAUCGCCUCGUCCGCAGAAGCACCGCUGACGCCCGUCCCGCUGCCCGCUCCCACCGCAACGCAUGCGAACCGGUACGAGGCUCGGUCCACCGGAUCUCUGGUCGCUUCUUGGGCCGCAAAGGCCGGUAUCUCCCUCCUCGAGGUCGACCCCGCUCUCCCUGGCCGCGGUGGCGAGGACGACGACCGUGGUCAUGGCCAGAAACGCUCGCAGGGUUCGAAUCGUGGCCGCCGACCGUCCACGAGUGACUCACAUGGACCCAAGUCCGGACUUGUGGAGCGCCCACCAGCUGUCAUGGCCAUGAUGGAAAUGAUAUCUCAACCUAGCAAGGUCGUACGCGUUUUGGCUCGCGGUGAGAAAUUGGACCCAGAUCCGUGA